UUUGUUCUGUGCUCCAUGUCAGAUCCUAAGCGGAACCAACUUUUGGACGAGAUCAACUGUCUUGUCAACCAGGCAGAAGACAUGGAUGAACUCCAAAGGCUGCAUGAGGUCACCAGCAUGCAACAAGAGGCCUCAUCCAUCCAGCCUCGCAUGCAACAAGAGGCAUCAUCCAUCCAGCCUCCAACUGUGAAGUGGAUUAAGAGGGACAGUGAAGGGAACAUUGUUUAUGGGAGGCCAAGAUUCUCCAGAAAGCAAGCAGCUGGUCUUAGCCACAGACAAACUGGAAAGACUGAUGUUUCCCUUUCCAGUGCUCCGGAAACCAGUGUGGAAAUGACUGAUGACUUUUCUCACAUAAACGCUGAGAAUUUCCUACAAGUGCUACAGCGCUCACUUGGUGAAGGUUUUGAUGACCAAGAAAAACCACUGCAAGCCUCCAGUGAUUGGUCAGUAAGAAAAAGUCUUGUCUCAGGGUGGUGGGAGAAAGUGAGACCCCGGUUGGUGGAUAAAAUGGUGGCUAAGCAGCAUGUGGCAAGUCCAGUCUGCCAGAAAUGUUACCUCAGUCCAGCCAUGAUCCACUGUUGUGAGUGUCGACCACACCCCUUCCUCUGUGCCCGUUGUGACAUCAGCAUCCACAAGGCUCAAGUCUUCCACAACAGGGACUCAAUUACAGAUGGUUUCUUUCAGCCAUUGCCUCCGACAUCCUGUUAUGUGGAGAAGGUUCUUACCCAGUGUGUGUGUCUUGUACCCAUGGAGAUGCCAGGGAGAAUAUGUAGCUGUCCUCAGAGUUUAAGUGUCAUAACUGGAAAACCCAUUUCUGUGGUUACAAUGAAUGGCCGAUAUGAUCUCAACUUGCCAGAGUUGAAAUGUGAGGUAUGCCAAGCCACAUGGAGUGCUGGCGUGGAUGAGCUGUUCCAUAAUGACUAUUGGCCCGCUACUUCUCAAUUUUCCACAGUGUAUGCUACAGACAUCCUAUUUUCCUUUGAGGAGUUGAAGAUGGCAGCACCCGGGAUGUCCAGCCAGGCAUUUCUUAGAAUGCUAGAUCAACAAACUGUCCGCUUUGGCCGUACUGGAAAGAUCAUAGCAGACAGCUUCAGAAAAAGCUUUUUGGAGUGGGAGGCUGUCCGUUUCGAAGUGGACAAAGUCUUUCGGGAAGACCACUUUAACUGCCCAGCAUGCACCCCAAACAUGCUUGCAGUCUCUGUUGAUGGGAACCGUAAGCACUAUAGAUUCAAGAGUGCAGCAAGAUCAGAGGAACAGUCCAUCUUUAAUGGUGUCUUCAUAGCCAAGGACGAUGAUGUAGAAAGAUUCGUGGACUAUGUCCAUUCCUCGACCAACCAUAUCUCUGGAAGAGGUGUCUGUGGGGGACAGUGGUCAGCGGCACGAGAAACAUCACAGAAGUCUUCCAGCAAAGUAGAUGAGGAGGGCCUAGAACUUGCCGUUUGUCGACAUGGUGUUCUUCUUUGUGCCCUUAAUAUGUUCAGGGGGGAGGUUUUUGCUUACCCUCUGUACCUCCAGAAAAAAAUGGCUUGUAAGCCAGUGAAAUUCUUUGCUAUGGAUGUUGCGUGCAAGUAUUGGCCUUACCUCAAAAGAGUGAGUGAGAAAUGCCCUGAGCUUCAGGAUCUGCUCUCAAUGAAGCCGUUUCUUUCAGUGUUUCAUGCUAAAGCCCAUGACUUCAAAUGCGAGGUAAAAUGGAGUGGGGCGUACCAGGAGGGGGCUGGUUUGACUCUUGGGGAGGAGGUGGAGCAGUGUAAUGCCUUCCUUUCAAGAAUUGCUGUUACCACUAAGCACAUGGCAAAAGCAGUACGCACAGACAUGCUCACAGUCAUGGCCAUGCGCUGGAAUCAGCAAAAGAUGAGCAACUUGGCUUCCACACUUGCCCGCCGAUAUCAAAAGGCCACAAUAGCCCUGCAAAGACAGUUGCAGAGCCUGGAGAUCAUGAAAACUGAAAUGGCAGUCACAGAUGAUCAACUGCAGGGCUGGAUCACUGAUGUCAAUGAGUGGGCAGAAGGGACAACAUCCUCAACUGAUUCUGAUGUUGCUGCUGUGGCCAGACGAAUUGAGGAGCUGGUCACCAGUAUUAAAAGGAGAUCACAACGUCUUUAUAAAGACAAUGAUGGCUGCAAGGGUCGUGCCCGGAUACGCAGAAAGAUCAGGGAGGAAAAGACGCUUUUAAAUUCUGUGGUGGUUCAAUAUAACGCCAUGGUUCCCAAUGCAGAAAACCUGGAUUUGGACACCGUUCUUUCAGAUGACAUCAUUUGGCCAUGGCAGCUUCCACACAAUGUUUUUUAA